AUGGCCGAGCCGCUUGAAAGUUACUCUGUUGCGUGCUCGCGCCAUCACUCUGGAUGCCAACGCUGCGAAGGCGAAGGGCCUGAAUGUUCCUAUUCCCGCUCAGGGGUGAUUCGUCGCAGUAGAAAGAAGAAGGAUGGCGAGAGACGUCCUCCUCGCAGUUCCGAGACCUCAGCAGGCACAGAGCCCAGCGGUUUAUCACGACGGCCUCGUCAACUCCCGCCGGACAGCACUGGCACCACGCAAGAGCGGCUGCAGCGGCUUAUCGGCAAGGAUCAUCGUGAACUGGGAGCGCUUGCAUCUCUGCUGGAGGAGUAUGCCACGGUUUGGCAAGGGUCCUCUGCAUUCGACAAACUAGCCGAGGGUGCAGAGGCUGAUUUCUUUCUCUUCGAGGAGGAUCAAGUUCGCCCUUGGGUGGAGGGUGAGUGGUUCCCUUGGUCGUAUGUGGCUCUGCUUAUGCUCCCCCCAUCAGCGUUUAUCACCACUCUCCAGAGACAGAGAUUGUUGCUCACGUCUGCACCCCCGGAAAUACUCGAUCACCUGGCGGCAUCACGUCCGCAUCAAGUUCAGGAUCGAGCAUGGCUGGUUAUGUUCUACAGCAUCGCGCUGAGCGCUGUGUCCUCUACCAACCCGUCGGAUGAAGCGACAAAGGCCAAGUUAAGAAGCAAUCUCUGGCUAGCAUUCAAUGAUGUCCGACUGCUGCUCGAACCGAAGAUUUCGAGUCUUCAGGCUUUGUUCAUGUUGGCUUGCCAUGUCGAGGAGUUUAUGACGCCGUCAGUUUGCUGGGUGCUGGUCACCAAGGCCUGUGUCAUGUUGCAAGCAUUAGGCAUCUCUCACUGGCGUCUCGACUCUGCGACCUGCGAGCGGCGCACCUUGUUCUUUUGGCGUCUGAAUAUCCUGGACAAGGCGCUGGCGCUCAUUCUGGGUAGACCGCCGACUUUCCACCGUGAAAUGACAGCUGCAACUGCCUUGCCGACGUUAGAACAGCUCUUGCCUCCCCAGCCUUAUCAACUGGGUGGCGCGCCCACUUUGUUCGAAGCGCAUUACACACAUCAGAUGCAUCUACUAUCGUGCGUCAUGGGUAAUAUCUGGCAUUGUCUCUACGGACAGGGCUCUGAUGACCUUUUCGCGGUUAAAGGGAACCUGGAGUCGUGGCAUCGCCAGGCAACGGAGGUUCUUGAAGCUGCCGCUCUUGCAGAGAAACCUCUCCUCAGCGCGAGCGGUGCCGCCUCGGUUGAUUUUGGCCUGCGAACUCUGCAGUUCCAUUACCUUUCUCUUCUGGUCUUACUGACGGUAUCCAGCAAACAGCUGCGGAAGCAGUCUACUCACCCAUCGCAGCAAAUGCUUCAGUUAUUGCCAAGUCUUGGCGAGAUGGAUCUAGAUCUCCAGGAACCAUACACCUGCCUAGUAUGGCAGCGUCUUCACUGUCCGUUGGCCGCGUUUGGCGCUCUCUGGGGAGACACUGUGCUUAAGGGCAAGACCCAUGUUGAGCAGAAUCAAAAUACACCGAACCCAAACAUCCCGACUCGUGAAACACCUGAUGGGCGAACACAAGGCGUGGAGAACCUGGACCAGCAAGCAAAUGCAUUCCUAAGUCCUGCGUCGACAACGAACGCAUGGAAUGCUUCCAGUAGUGAAAAUCCCGAUGCACAACUCGAAGGUUUCUAUACGUUGCCAAACGACGGCUUCUUGAACACCACAUUUGAUAACUUCUUUGCUGCCACCUUCGACUGGUCGAUCUGGGAUAAUCAAGAACUCUAG